ACCCAAUUCCCCCGUCUUUCGCUCUCGCUGUCGUCGUCAUCCUCUGCUCGCUGGCUUCCCGCCCUUGUCUCCAAAACCCUAACCCAACUCCAAUCCCUCAAACCUCUACUUCUCUGGCGCAACCAAUGUCCCAUGGAUUCAAUCCUUGCCUCCACGCUUGAGGAGGUCUGCAUCCGGGGCUCCGCUGGAAUCCCGCUCACCGACCUCUGGCCAGCUCUUCAGGCAUCGCUAUCCUCUGCUGGUCUCCCUCUUUGCGAUGCCGUCAAGACUGCCUUAUGGUCACGCCUCCUCUUCCACCCGGCUCUCCGCUUUGAGGCCUCCGAUGGAUCCUUUCUGGUACCUUCAGAUAAUUUCCUGAGAUCCUUUGAUGAGGCGGAGAGGUUGGGGUUGAAGAUCGUCGCGGAGGAGCAUCUCAGGGAAAAUUUUCUUGGAAUUUAUGAUCUGAAAGCAGCUGAUGGCGAGCUCUCUGCAGAGAAAAAGCGGGUGCUUGAGCGGUUGGCUCUUGCCAGAACUAGUGGAUUAACCCAGAAUGACCUUGCUAAAGAAUUUGGCAUGAAGGGGAACAACAUCUUUUAUCUUGUGAGGGGUCUUGAGUGUCAUAAAUUGAUCACUAGACAAUCAACACUUUUAAAGAUGAAAGAAUCAGGGAUUGAUGGGGAACUUGGUUCAAAAUGUACACAGAUUGUGCAUACUAAUUUAAUACAUUUGUGUCGUUAUGCUAAACAUGCAAACUUGGGUUCUCAACGAAGAAUUGAAAUUUCAAGACCAGAUAUGUUGGCAAAUCCUUGCAAUUUAUAUGCAAAUUCAUUAACUGAAAAUAAUGCUUCUGGAGAAUAUCUUGAGGAUAUCCACAUAGAAGAUUUUCUGCCAGCAAUGAAAUUAAUCUGUGAUAAACUUGAGGGCGCAGAUGAAAAGGUACUUGUUGUCUCAGAUAUAAAACAGGUUCUUGGUUAUAGGUUGAAAAAGGGCCACAGAGCUUGGAGAAAUAUCCUCAAUAGGCUCAAAGAUGCUGGUAUUGUGGAAGAAUUUCUUGCAAAAAUUAAUGGCAAGGAUACAAACUGUUUGCGCUUAUUGGCAAAAUUUGAUCCUGAAAGUUUCCAUCAAAAGUCAGCGAUAUGUGGUUACAGUGUUUUUGAGUCUGAGCUCUCAUUGAGACAUGGAAAAAGAGGCCAAAUUAAUGACCUGCUAGUUGAGCUUCCAUUGGAAAAUCAAAUAUAUGACUUGAUUGACGCGGAAGGACCUAAAGGAAUGACCAUUACUGAGAUUAGUAGGCGAGUUGGCCUCAGUGGAAAGUUGGCACUCUCCAGAGUUGCUGACAUGUGUUCAAGAUACAGAAUGAAUAUGACUGCAGAAUUGAAUAAAAGGACAAAGCAAUAUCGAGUUUGGACAUCUAGAAAUUACCAAAGUUCUGAAGCUUUUCCAAACAAAUGUGUAGAGACUGCCGAUGGAAGUGAGUAUUUGAAUCAUUCUAAUGAAUUAAGCUCACAUGGCCAAUUAUCUUGGAUCACCAAAACCCCAGAUUGUUGCGAAAAUGACUUAUCACCAACUGAUAAAGGCCGAAUGAUAUCUGAAAUGCCACUUCUCUGCUCUGCUGAGAGGGACAAUAGCCAGGUUUCUGUAUUUGAUAAGGAUAAUCAAAAGCAGCUGAACCAGGAGAUUCUUGAUGACAAUCAUUUUGUUGAAAAUGGCAUCACUGAAUGUGCGCCCAACUCCAAGACAGAUCUUCAUGAGAAGCUUAUUUCAACUUCUGCACCAGCAAAGCUCCAAACAUCACAGACGUACCCAUGUAUUGCUUCAACUGUGAGUGGUGUCCAAAGGGAACAAAGGAUUCUUGAAAGAUUAAAGAAUGAGAAAUUCCUUUUGACUGUCGAACUCCAUAAGUGGCUUGAGGGACUUGAGAAAGACAAGACCACAUCAAUGGACCGCAAAACUUUAACUCGUACCUUGAAUAAACUUCAGGCGGAAGGUUUAUGUAAAUGCGCUAGAGUUAUCAUUCCUGUGGUGUCAAACUGUAAUCAAAGUCGGAAGACCGAGGUGAUUCUGCAUCCUUCCAUUGGUAACUUGUCCAAGGAACUUUUGGAUCAAAUUCAUAAAAAGCAAAGAACAUUUGAUACCAUGGUCCGGAGUAGGGCUUCAAUUAGUUCAUCAAAAAAUGAACCUGCAACCGUAUUAAACAGUGUAAAGAGACUUUCAAGUCAUUUGAGGCGUGACACCAAUGCUCAGUUGAAGUCUGAAAUUAUGCUUGCGAAUGGAUUUGUGCAAGCAAAGAUGAUUCGAGCAAAGCUCCUUCAUUGCUUCCUUUGGGGUUACUUGACUAUGCAGGAUAAUUUUGACUCCAGAAAGUACGAUUAUGGCCUGAAUGGUUCCGUUGACACUUGUCAAUUGUUUGCACUUGAUGCAGCUGUUAAGGCAAUGCCUUUGGAACUGUUCUUACAAGUUGUGGGAUCUGCAAAGCAAUUCGAUAACUUGGUAAUGAACUGCAAACUUGGAAUGAGGCUUUCUGAUCUUACUCCUCAGGAAUAUAAGCAGCUUAUGGAUACCAAUGCAACUGGACGGCUUUCAUGUUUAAUUGAUAUUUUGCGGAGGCUAAAGUUGCUCCAGCUAGUACCAGAGCAGGCAGAAGAGGAUGACAAAAUGCUUCCUCAUGCUGUCCUUACACAUGCAUUGGAGCUUAAACCUUAUGUUGAAGAGCCUUUUCCUAAAAGUCUUUCUUCUUCAAAUAGUUGUGCAUUUGAUCUCCAUCUUAAACUUCGGCAUGAGUUUGUCCUAACAAAACAAGACACUGUUGAUUCAUAUUGGGAAACACUAGAAUAUUGCUAUGCCACUGCUGAUCCAGAAAGUGCAAAACAUGCAUUCCCAGGUUCUACUGUUCCUGAGGUUUUCAGUUCUCGUUCAUGGGCUUCAGUUCGAGUAAUGACUGUUGAGCAACGUGUGGAGCUGUUCAAAUGCAUGGCACAUGAUAACCCGCAGAAGAAAAUUCCAUUUAAUGAAUGCAUUAAAAUUGCCAAGGAGCUGAAUCUAACACUGGAACAGGUUCUUCGAGUCUCCUAUGACAAAAGGCUCUCCCAUCUUAACAAAUAUCGGAGGAGAACAAAACGCAAAGUUCAGGGAAACUUUGAAGAUGAAAACAGUUCUGAGCAAAAUGCUCGCAAAAGAAAACAAAAUUCACUAGAUGGUUCAUAUGGGCAGACUUGUUCUGAUGAUGAAGCUAGAGAGUCUAGUUUAUCAAUAGAUCCUAGUGUAUCUGUUGUUGUAACACAAACAAUAACAGCAGAUUCUGUUGCUUAUAAUAGCAGUGAGAACAUUGAAUUUUGCACUGGAAGAUAUAAUGAUGACGGUAUGGUUGCUGCUGCCAAAGAAACUGAACAACAUAAUGAAGAUACAGCCAAUUGUAAUUUUAUCGGGGAGUGUGCCUUUUCUAGGUUUAAACCAUUGCGUCGAAAGAAGUUUGCAUGGACUGACAAUACAGAUAGGCAACUAAUUAUGCAGUAUGCAAGGCAACGUGCAAUUCUUGGGGCAAGGUCUCAUCGAGUUGAUUGGAAUUCAAUUUCUGGUCUUCCAGCUCUUCCAGUUACCUGCCGAAGAAGAAUGGCUAUGAUGAGAACUGAUGCAAAUGUUAGGAAAGCUAUGAUGAGAGUCUGCAAUAUUCUUGGUGAACGCUAUGCUAGAUACUUAAAUGAAAAACACAAAAACCAUGACAAUGCAUUCCCAUAUGACCUUAAUACUGAGCGGCACAUAUCGGAUGUAAAUUUAGGAGGAAGUGUUUGCCAAAACAUGACAUCAACCACUGAAAAUGCUCUUGUGUCAAAUGUAAAGGGAUACCAUUGGGAUGAUUUUGAAGAUCUUGACGUUAAAGCAGCUAUUGAAGAAGUGCUUCAAUGUAAGAACAUGGGAAAAGAACCUGCGGAAGAACCGUCCAAUCUAGGUGACGUGGAAGUUGAAGGAUCUGACAACAUGGCUGAACAGAAUGAACAACUGCGAACAUUAUCUUAUUACGCAAGACCGUUAGUACUGGGGACACAAUCUAACAUUGUAGGAUCCCCAAUUUCAGCUCCAAACUUUGAGCUGAAGGCAGCAUUCAUCCAGAUGAUUCAACAGCCAGCGCAGCUCCAGGUUAUGACCCGAGGCAGCCCUUCGAAUUUAGUUGAAGUUGAUUCAGAGAUUGGAAGGAGAACUCAUAGAUGGGGAAAGGAUCCUGUACAAGAACAGAUGAAUCAAGCUGAGAUUUUAUCACUUAUACAUGUAAUAGAUUUAGAAGACUUUGUGAUGUAUUGUGGAAUUUUUGGAGGUUUUGGCCGUGCGGCUGUUAUGCCCCGAAGAUCCACACAGGAAUGGCCCCCACAUCGAAGAAAGCGCCCGGCAAACGCCCCCGAGAUUCAUUUGGGUGAUGAGAUGGACGAUGACGUAGACAAGCUCCUUUCUAUGGGUAGCUGGCAACGUUUAUCGUCCAUCCGAGAGCCUGCUAUCCGUAUGUUAACAUUGGAGGUGUUGGCUAUGAGUGUGACGCAGUUCUUUGUCCGACUCGGUCUAUAUGAUGAGGAUUUCAUUGAUAUAGAGGAGUAUGAGCAGCUACCGACCGAUCACCCAGGCAGUUUGACUCUGCAGAAUGCUUACCGUACGCUGUAUGGCCAGGGACAGUAUGUGCCAGGGAUCUCUAAGGCGACAUGCCUCUCCCGACUAGCCUACAGAUAUAUCCACGCCGUUCUUAGCCAUUCUGUGAAUGGCCGUGGUGACAGCACCAGAGUCCUCAGCCGUUAG